CUCAACCUAGAUCCGACUGAUAACGUGUAUACAUUGCUCGACGAUCAUCACAGAAUACAUUUAUUCAAGAUGCAUUUCAGUUUGGUGUUUAUGUUGGUAGCACUGAUGUUUGUGGUUGCUACGGGAGACGAGCAUUCUGCACGUGACUGUGUGAAUGUGUGUGGCGGUGUGUGCCGUGAUGCAUGCGAAGAAGGCCAGACACGAAGACCAUGGUGCAAGAGAAGCUGUCCAGGAGAGCAACACUGCUGCACAAAUGCACGAAACUGUCGCGAUAUUUGUGGUGGACAAUGCCAGGACAGUUGCACAGGGGAGCAGACUGUAAAACCAUGGUGCAAAAGAAGCUGUGAGGGAAACCAAGUGUGCUGUGUAGAUUCAUAAAUCACGUCAACACAAGCCUGGGAAAAAACAUCCACAACUUGUGAUUUGUCUUAGGUAGCAAUGAGUACAGCUCUAGAAAUAAAAUAGAAAAAAAAAAA